UUACCCGAGAACAUGUCUGACUUCACCAAAGAGCGGCGACGUGAGGAUCGCAACAUCGAGCACGAAAAAAGCUUUGGCCCAUCUCGGUGGUCCCACUGCAGGAAGAGGGGGAUCAAUGGGAGCCUGAGGAGCAACGGCGAGGCAGAUGAUAUUGAUAGAGGAAGGAACGGACACACUGACUCCAGCUACAAACACCCUGAUCGCAGACAUCCCAGCUUCACUACACCAGAGAGCACAGGCUCAGUGUCCCGCUGUGGUCGGCAGGCUGACUGGGGCAGCCAGGUGGAGGACGAUGAGAUGAGGAGGGACGUGCACAGAGACAUGCAGCGUUACAGGAGGAGGAUACUGGGGGCAGAAUUCACCCAGAGGGAGAGAAGGGCCUCGUCUGGCUCGUCUGGAAGCUGUGACUCCAGAGAGGGAGAUAACAUGGAAACCGAUGAAGCUGUGUUGCUACGACGACAGAAACAGAUCAACUAUGGCAAGAACACGCUGGCCUACGACCGCUACAUCAAAGAAGUUCCUAAACACAUGCGUCAGCCAGGCGUUCAUCCAAAAACUCCCAAUAAGUUCAGGAAGUACAGUCGUCGCUCCUGGGACCAGCAGAUCAAACUGUGGAAGGUCAAACUACAUGCCUGGGACCCCCCUGCAGAGGAAGGCCAGGACAAGACCCUCGAUGUCGUUGAGGAGCUCAACCUUGAUGAUGUAAUGGACAUUGAACUAGAUUUCCCAACCAUUACUGACUCCCAGAACACCCAGACCUCGCUGCCGAUACACAGCCUGUCAGUGGAGGAUGAAGACUGCGGUACUCCGGUCAAAGUACAAAGGACAGCAGAGCCUAAUAUUGCAUAGCUUGUUAUUGAAUGGUUCAGUCCUCCCCCCACAUCGACUUCACAGUCCACUCAGAAAAAACUGCUCCAGCUGCCGGCUAAGAGUCUGUGUGGACACACUCUGUGUCUUUGGCUGGUAGUCACUGAUUAUAAUUAAUAUAAGUUUUGUUUUCAUCAUAUGUUUCUCCAUCCAUCGUUUGGGCCAUUUGUUGAAGUUUCUGUUCGGAGUAUUUUAUGACAAGAUUUUACAUUUUUAUCGACGCAUGUUUCAGAAUUUGGUAUUCAAAAAACCCCACUUGCUGCACCAGUGAGAGGCCUGUUGGAGUGUGCGUCUAGUUUUGUGCAAAUGUGAGCUUACAUCUCUCAUAUUCUACCUGAGAAGAUUCCAGAUGCAUAGAAACUGUCUGAACUCGAAGUCGUCUUAAUAGAAACGGAGGCAAUGAUGUGUUGUUUGAGUUAUCCUUGAGAAAUAUUGGGCUGUGGCUUUUUCUGUUUUGUUUUGUUGUUUUAAUACAAAUGUAAUUGUUUCUUACUGCUGUAUCUUUAAUAGAACUUGAAAUAAAAAACAAACAAACAAAUAAAACAAUCAAGAAAAA